AUAGAACGCUGUCCGGCCUUCUUCUAUCGAUACAUGGCUGGUAGUCGCCAGCAAUGAUCCUCGGUUUUAUUACGCUUCUUCAGAGCAAACAUCUUUACGUCUUCUUCCCCAGCUAGCACCUCGUUUCGCAAAGUUUUGAAGCUCGAUUUUCCGGGCCAAUUCAACAUUUCAAAAUGCUACAUGUAUCCUCACUUCCCAACACAGCAACCCUCUCGCUCUCGGCCUCCUUCCUCUUAGCCGCCUACCUCACCGACCACUGCUGGACACCUCCCAAUUCAAACCCUACAGGUCCUGCGUCUUCGCUCCCAAAAGACACCAUAGCCCCCGUAACGGCGCCCCUCAAUAUCCUCCGAUUCCUCACCUCUGCCCUCUGGCUCGUACAAACUCUCAUCGCAUUCUCCUAUCCUUCGCCUCCAAGAGCAAUAUGUCCGACCCCUGGAAAUCUCAAUGGCCAAUUAUUCACCUGGAGCCCUUACACCGCCACGGUCCUCGUCAUCAUCUCCAUAUCGGCUCCGAUCCGUCUGCUAGCGUACAAGGACCUGGGAGAGAAUUUCACCUUCCGGCUCGCGAGACCAAAACGGUUGAUCACGACGGGAUUGUAUGCAUAUGUGCAGCAUCCCAGUUACCCUACCCUUUGGUUGAUCCUAGCUGCGAAUCUGGGGUUGCUGCUGAGGCUGGAUGGUGUCGUCGGGUGUAUACUGCCGACGGAGGUGGUGACGUUGGGUAUGGGGAGGGGGAUUCUCGGGAUAUGGCAUGCAGGGUUGGUGGGGUUUAUGGGUGUCGGGUUGUAUGCUACCUGGCUCAGAGUGAGGGAUGAGGAGGUGAUGAUGAAGGAGGAGUUUGGGAAGGAAUGGGAGGAGUAUCAUGCGAGGACGAAGAGGUUCGUGCCAGGGAUUUUCUAGGUUGGGGAGAGGUAGGCGGACUUGAUGUGCGCGAUGGAGGAGAGCGGGCAUUGAAGGGGUAGAUCUACUUGUUCAGAAACUAAGGGACGCUCUUGAUGAACACGUCUGCCUUGCGUCUGCGACAAGUUGGAUCGCGGAGCUGAUGGCAUAUUGAGGAGAUGACGACGUGGACUUGGGCAGGCUCGCACUUAGCAUCCUGCACCCUGUUCAUUCUCUCUUGACAGUACUCUUCGUCCCGCUGCAUGAUCUCUAGUUGUUCCAAUGUCCCGACC